GGAAUAGAUUUGUGAAUUUUGAUCCAGAUGGGCUUCCAAUUUUCUAGGCCCAUCCAAUUUUCUGCUUCCUUUUCUCCCUCCGGAGUCCGGACCAUCGCGCGAUCUCCCCGCCGCCGCCAUGGCUUUCUCCGCGCGAAGGAGCCUCGCCACCAGCCUCUCCUACCACCUCUCCCGCCGCCUCCACCCCUCCAUCUCCCACCUCCUCCCGCCCCACCAUGACUACUCCGAAAACCCUUCCUCCUCCUCACCCCAAACCCAAUCCGCGCCGUUUCCGUCAGCGCUUACCCGGCCGUCGAGGUCACGAACCCUAAGCCUACCACUCCCCUUCGCACUCCACCUCGCGGCCCACCGCAGCUUCUCGACCUCCUCGCCCGCCUCCACACCCGACAUCGAUGCCGCGGCGGAAGUCCUCUCCGACGCCGCCUCCUCUGUCUCUGCGCCGGAGCUGCUCUCGGAGGAAGUGGCCGCCGCCGCCUCUUCGGUCCCUGUGCUGCCGGUGCCGUACGCGGGGGAGGUGGCCGCCGCCGCGGCCGAAUCGUUUCCUCCGGUCGCCGCACUGCAGUACCUCCUGGACGCCGUGCAGUCCUUCACUGGGCUCAACUGGUGGGCUUGUAUUGCACUGACGACGGUAAUGAUCCGGUUACUGACCGUCCCGCUGCUUGUGAACCAGAUGAAGGCCACGGUGAAGUUAAAUGCAAUGAGACCAGAAAUUGAAGCCAUCAAUGAAGAGAUGCGAAAUUCAACUGAUCCAAGAUCAAUGGAAGUGGGGAGACAGAAAUUGGGUGAGCUAUUCCUUAGAACUGGUGUUACUCCUUUUACACCAUUGAAGGGUCUAUUCAUACAAGGGCCUAUAUUCAUGAGCUUUUUCUUUGCUAUAUCAAACAUGGUUGAGAAAGUCCCUUCUCUGAAAGGAGGUGGAGCAUAUUGGUUUACUGAUUUGACAACUCCUGACGAUCUUUUCAUCCUCCCUGUGUUAACAUCACUGACUUUUUUGGCUACGGUGGAGCUCAAUAUGCAAGAUGGCAUGGAGGGAAAUCCUAUGGCGAAAACAAUGAAGAACUUCUCUAGAAUAUUUGGUGUCCUGUUUGUUCCAUUUACAAUGUCCUUUCCAAAGGCAAUUUUCUUUUACUGGGUCACAUCAAACUUGUUCUCACUUGUAUAUGGUGUCGUUCUCCGGAAGCCGGCUGUUAGGAACUGCUUAGAUCUUCCUCCCUUGGAAUCUCAGACCACACCUGCACAAAUGCAGGUCUUUAACCUUCUCAGAGGACCCAAGUCAAUACCUGGAGUUGAUUCUCCUAUUGCAGUCAAGGAUUCUGAGGGAGCUAGUUCUGCGCUAAGUCACCGUAUCAGAGAUCUUGAGAACAAGGCUAAAUCUAGAGGUGAAUCUCAAGAGUAAUUCGUAAAUUUUGCACACCUGGAAGUAAAGAAGCACCCUCAAUUUGGCACUUAGUAACUUUAUGUUGGGAGCAAAGGAUACCCAAUAUGUGUUGGCAUUAUUCUGAGAUUUGAUUUGGAAGAGGCGGCCGUUUUUCAACAUACAGGGCCACUGCGGUCUCAGCGAAUAAAUUGUGAGUGAUUUUUUGCAUGUAAGAUCGUUUCAUAAUACGGUAUAACCUGACUAGCUUAACAAGGACCAUGGUGUUCCUUGAAUCAAUUAUAGUGAUACUUCCGAGCAGUAGUCACUGAGAGUUUUUCUUGUAUUUGCUUGAUGCUCAAAGCUCAAAUGAUAUACCGAGUUUGUAUCUGUAAAUUUGUGACGAUGUGUAUUUUGGAGAGAAAACUGAAAUGGUGAUGGGACUUUUAGUUUUA